GUGACGGUGCGCGUGAAGGUGGAGGAGGUGGCCCCAGGGGACGCGGAGGACCCCGAAGCGGUGGGGAACCCACCGAGCCCCCCAUCAGAGUCCCCCCAGCUCCCCUCUGGGGAUGGCUGGCGGGAGGAGGUGGCCCGGUGCAAGGUCAAGUUUGUCCCCGAGGAAGAGGAGCAGUGCCUGCAGGAAACAGCAGAUCCCACCAUGGCGAGCAGAGACGCAGAGGCAUCCAUUUUGCAACAGCAAGACAUCCCGCACCCACCCAGCACCCUCCAGGACAUCCCGGCAGUCGGGACCCCCGCCCGGAGAGGGACCCACCAUCGACAGAUCCCACGGGAUCCCACCACCUUCCCACAGCCCUUUGCCCAAGGUCCAUCCAGACCGGCGGAGGACACCAGGAGCCCAGAGAAGCCCUGGGUGAAGCGGGAGCUGUCGGCACAGGCGAAGGACCGUCCAUACCCCUGUGGCGAGUGUGGCAAGAGCUUCGGCCGGUUGACCCACCUGAAGACCCACCAGCGAACCCACACAGGGGUGAAGCCCUACGCCUGUGGGGCUUGCGGCAAGAGCUUCGGCCACCUCUCCACCCUCACCACCCACCAACGGCUGCACACGGGUGAGCGUCCCUACGCCUGUGGCUCCUGCGGCAAGACCUUCACCAACCCAUCGGACCUCAACAAGCACCAACGGUCACACACGGGCGAGCGACCCUACCCCUGCGCCGCCUGCGGCAAACGCUUCAGCCAACAGUCCAACCUCACCAUGCACCAACGGAGCCACACCGAGGAGCGACCCUACCCCUGCGGCGCCUGCGGCAAGAGCUUCAAGUACUUGGCAGACCUGACGGUGCACGAGCGCUCACACACGGGCGAGAGACCCUUCCCCUGUCCCCACUGCGGGAAGAGCUUCAGCAACAAGUCCUCCCUCGCCCGGCACACACGCAUCCAUGCCCGGGCGGCUGCCAGGGACAAGUGA